UCUCUUGUCUGCUCGCCCUUCCUUCCAUGAGAGCCGGAGAAUCCGAGGCGGAAUUCUGCGCUUUUUUCCUGCGUGUUGUUGUUCUGCUUCCCUCCGCUGCCGCGCGGUCGCUCCGGGCGUGAAGAGGAGGGAGAGGGGGAAAAAAAGAUUGUGGGAGCAGGUCAUGGUGUCCAGUGAAAAGGUGUGGGACCCCCAUCAUGCGGGCCAUAUUCCAUCACAUCUAAGUGAACGGCACCUGGCUCCUAGCCCUUCUCCCCCCUCCAACCCCGCACUUAUUGCACCUAAGGGCGCCACGAUCCACCAGCGUCGCUGGCCGUCCCCUGCGUCUUCCCUGUCGCCGCCUUCGGUGGCUUUCAGUGGCGCUCAUUCUGCUCAAGUCUACAAGGCGGAACGAGGACGACACGGGCCCCUCCACUGUGCCCAAGAGGAAGAAGAGCAGCUGGACAUGAAGGGGAAAAGACUCCGCGGAGAGGCCACCAUGGAAGACAAGCUGGAGGACGUGGGCGAUGGACCCAAAAAUGCAAAAAUCACUCUAAGCUUCCCGCUUAGUGCAGCCCCCCUCCCGACAUCUCUGACCUCACCAAACCACUGUCACGGCUCUUCCUCGUCUUCCUCUUCCCCUCACCGGCGGCGACCAUCCUCCAAGAGCUCAGACAAGGGGGUGCUGUGGAAACUGGAUGCCACCAUGGACGUAAAGCACAGACCCUUUAAGCCCCCGAGACACGACAGCUCUCCGUCCUCCUCUCCCUCCUCCUCCUCGUCCCCCAUGACUGUUCCGGCGUUUACCAGAAAGGACAUAAAAUCACCCCCUCCCCUUAAGUGCUCCAAAAUCAAUUCAGAGACACAGAUUCACAGGUCACCCCCGCGGUCCUCCAGUGGGCUGUUAGGGGGUUGUUUUCCUGGAGAUGGAUGGGAUGAGAGGCAGAGAGUGACCAACGGGACCGUCUCGCCCUCCCAGACCGCUCAGAUUCUCUUCAGCCUGGGCACGCCAGCCUAUCCGAGGGGGGAGGCAGAGAGGAAAGAGAAGCUGACUGGGAGGCCAGCUGGGAAAGCGGGAAGUCCCCAUGGGCCCAGCCUCCAUCCGCCCACCCUCCAACUCCCUCCUCCCUUACCCCCUCCGCCUCCCCCACCAUCCGAGGGUUUGACCGCGCCGCCACACUCUUCCUCCUAUUCUCCUACCAACAGCCUGAAGCCGGAGUUGAUUUGCGGAGUCUGCCACCGGCUGUUCAGCUCGGCGUCCUCCCUCACGGUCCACAUGAGGCUGCAUCGCGGCAGCCGUGGCCUCAGCUGCCAAUACUGUGGGAAAGUUUUCAUCCACAGCAAGAGACUGCAUUCCCACGAGGCCUCCUGCAGGCUGCCCGGCCUGUCCUCCGGCAGCCUGCGCCCUCCUCUUACCGUAAAGCCAAAAGAAGAACCUCUGGAGGAGGGCGAGGUGAGAGUGGAGGGGGGAGUGAUCGUGGAACAGGGAGGCAGCAGUGAGGCACGGCCCGGGAAGAAAGUGAGGAGCCUCCUGGCUCGUAUCCAAGGUGAUGAUGCAGCAGGCGCGGAGCGGCUGGCUGGCGACGAGAGCCAUUUUGUGAAGGUGGUGGAUGGCACCGUCAUUUACUUCUGCUCCGUGUGCGAGCGCUCCUACAUGACUUUAUCCAGCCUGAAGCGUCAUUCCAACGUGCACUCGUGGCGCCGCAAAUACCCGUGCCACUACUGCGACAAGGUCUUCGCCUUGGCCGAGUACCGCACAAAGCACGAGGUGUGGCACACGGGGGAGAGGCGGUACCAGUGCAUCUUCUGCUGGGAUGCUUUCGCCACCUACUACAACCUGAAAACACACCAGAAGACGAUUCACGGGAUCAAUCCCAGCCUCAUCUCCAGUGAAAAAACAGCCAACGGGGGCUAUAAGCAGAAAGCCAACGCCCUCAAGCUUUACCGCCUUCUUCCCAUGCGCUCUCAGAAGAGACCCUACAAGACCUACAGUGACAGCUUACACAACGGGCUUCUACUGCCCUCAGCUGAAGCCUCUGCCCUCUCUCUGCCCGGCCUGGGUUGUCCUUUAAGCCCAGGAGAACUACAGAGCCUCAUCGCCGGGGCCUCGCAUCAGACCCUAAAGCCUGAUCCAGAUGCUUUUCCUGACGGUUUCCAUGUUUCCAUCGCUGCUGACCACUCCCCGCUAACGUCCCUCCCCCAAGCGAACGUGCCCCAAGUUAGAAGAGAGGAAUGCGAGGUACUAGAGUCAGAGUCAGAGCAAGGGAAAGGCGUUAGCAGCUACAGACCGUCGAACAGCACCAAAACCAAAAGCGUCAAAAGUAGCAGAGUUACAGAAGCGAGCAUGCCCUCUGUGAUCACGUACGGCCACACGAAACCCUCCGUCAUAGUUCACGGCACCGCAGUGUCAUCCUCUGUUAUUGUGCAUAGCAACCAGGUGACCUCAGGGAGUGAAAAAAGUCCUGUGAGCAGCCCGUCCCCCGAAACAGAAAGCAGCCAGGCUGCACUUAAAGCAGGUCCUCGGUCAAACAAAAAGCAAAGGCACAGCGCAGAUAAUCAUAGGAAGAGGUCAAGAGAGGGUUCAGACACACGAGACGAGGGUUCUUCAAGAGACAGGCGGGAGGCAGAGACAGGCCGAUUAGUUCACAAAACACGCAAGUCCCACAGCAAGAGUAGCAUUUCCAUCUCAAAGCAGCUGUCGGCAUCUGCGGGGUCACAGGUCAGAGAGGCAGGGUCGCUGUGUCAGAUCACUGUGCGCAUCGGGGAGGAGGCCAUCGUGAAGCGCAGCAUCUCCGAGACAGACCUGAGGAGAGACAAGGGCCUCUCCCCUCCGAAAACCAAACGGAGCGAAACGGCUUCUGGAGCCAAGGAGCCACGCCCGGCUCACUCGCACCACCACCACAACAAACACCGCCUUCAGAGCAAAGCCAGCCUGGACCAAGAGAGGAAUAAAAAUGCAGGAGACUGUGAAGAGGACGAGGAGGAAGAGGAGGAGGAGGGCAGACAAAAGAGCCCCAAACCUCCUGACCGGGUGAGGGAGUACUUCUUCCGUAAAGAGGUGCGUGAGCAGGACAGCGACAAUGACACCGAGGAUAAUUUAUGGCGACCCUACUACUCCUACAAGCCUAAGAGGAAGGCCCAAGCACAUCUACAGAGAGUAAAGAGCUGGCAACGGAAACUCAAGUACAAGCGUUCCAUCCGACUGAAGAAGAGAGCAGAGAGACUUAAGAGCCUUCUGAGUAAACAAACCAAGAAGUUACAGGACGAGGAAGAGGACCGGCCGACCGAAGAGGCUGAGAGAUCGUCAACAGCUAGCAGAGACGAGAAGGAAGAAAAGCAGAAAGAAGCUCCUCUGAAGGAGAACAGUAAAGAUGCAGAAAAGCCGGUCAAAGAGGACCCUCCCCAGCUGCACCCUCCAAAGCCUUCUCUGUCUACCUCAGCGCCACCUGCAGGAAUCAAAAGGCGACCUUGGUCUAACGGGAACGCGGCCGAGUGCAGCACGUGUGGCCGCUGGUUUUCCAGCCCUCGUAAAAGGGACAAGCACGAACUCAACCACCUGCUGGAGUUCGUUUGCCUCUUCUGUCGAGCCACUUUUCCCUCAAGGGACAAAUUGGAGGACCACCAGAGAGCCCAGCAUCCGAAGCCGACCGAUCCGUCCUCCGGGCCUCCGAAAGGGGAACACUUUCUUGGGGGCGGGGUCAAAUCGGCAACCGAGACUGCAAAAUAUGAUGAAGACAGAGGGGGGAACGUUCGCUUGGCGGGGAGUCCGAGUCGCCUGAGCAGAAGAGCCUUGUCUCGACACACCUGUCCUCAGUGCUACAAGGUGUGCAAGACGUCUUCGGCUCUAACUCGGCAUAUCCGCCGCCAUGAGCUGAGCAGCUCUCCAGAGAGAGAAAAUGAUGAGUCCGAGCCAAAGACAUCUCAGACGUUUUCCAACUCUCUCUGUAAAGAUUCAGAUAAAGGACAGAUUCCCAGCGCGCUCUCUGUUUCAGUUAUCAGCUAUUCUGCACAAGAGCAGCAUAGCGAUGCUUUGACAUCCCAGAAACGUGAAAAUCAGCUUUCAGAUCACCUAAAGUCAGAUCCCUGUGAAAAAAACAAAACAACAGAACUCAAAACAACAGAACCAUCAACUCCAGAGAGAGAGCUGAGACCAAACACCUCAGACCCGGCGACUGAAAUCCCAGUUAACCUCUCCCCCUCCAAACCUGAGGUCACCCCUGCCACCCUCCAGAGUGUGCUGGUCAUGAACGGCCCAGACUGUCUCGACUACCGCACCCCCAGCAAAAAGACCCUCGACAGCCAGGCCCACAGAGCGCCCAGCCCUGUGCAGCUGACACCCUCCAGCAUCUCCCCGAAUGUGCCUGUGACAUCACAAACCAGAAUAACCACUGCUGCUCCUCCAGUUUCCAUGACAACCCCUCUCAUCUCUAAAGGGGGAUUCAUGAGACGGGAUGGGGUCAUUAUGGAGAGUGAGAAGCAGAGCAGGAGUGGUGCAUUACUGCACGCAACUUACACAGAAUCCCCUCUGGUUCCAGAUUUCAGAGCGCAAGCUUUGUCCAGGAGUCCAUCUCCCACUGAAGCACAAGACCUUACUAUGUCCUCUAUGCUAGCUCGAGAGAGGGAUCUAGAGAGGCAAAGGGAGGCGGAGAAGGAGCUGGAGAGACAGAGGGAACGAGAGAAAGUCAUUGAGAAAGAACGAGAGAAAGAGGUAGAGAGGUCUCAACAAAUUGCUAGAGUUGCUCACACCCCACAGAACCAAAGUGCGCUCUUGGUCCCCAAAGAGGAGCCCCUUAGCCCCAUUCCAUCUCCCCAACACAUCCCCACUCAAACCACUAUGAAUGGACCCUCUUCACACAGGCACACUCCCAAGUCCCCCUGCCGGUCCCCUUCGACUGCUGGACUGUUGGCGCGAGCGAGUCGCCAGGUUCACACCGGUUCACAAGGACUCGACAGGCUCACACAACCCAUCGGAGCAGCUGGCGGCGGGGACCGCCCCUCUGCCCACGCUCUGCUUCUCCCCAGAGCUCCCCAGCUUCCCCAGCCAGACAACCAGGACACUGUUUCUCUGAGAGACCCCCAGCAAAGGGAUGCCACGCCGGUUGGAUAUACUUCCCAGGACUACCCUCUGCCCCUGAUAGUGCCGGACAAUUACCACCCUGGGAAGAAGCACGAGGAAAACCUCCUCAUGUCUUCCUAUCCACCGGGGGCACUUCCCUUUGGCCCCCUGGGAAAAGUGAUAGGGCCUAAUGGCGGCGACUUGGCCAAGCUGCCAUUCUAUCCCGACCCCUACCAGCUGCUCUAUGCGCCCCACCUCCUGGCCUACCCGUACAACCUGGCAGCGCUUCCUGUUGCUCUGAACAUGAUGGGGCCUCGGGGCGACAAGGUGGAGCCUCUGCCCUUCCUCCCUGCCAUCUUCAACUACGCCGCCACCGGUGGGACCUACAUGGGCGCAGCCCCCCACCCUCUUAUGGCAAACCCCAGCCUCUACAGCGGCAGCAGCGGCAGCAGCAAAAAGCAACAAGACGGCGCCGGCAGCAAACAGUAGGACAUCGUAUGCACUAAAAAAAAAAAAAAAGGAGAAAAGAUGAAAGCUUUUUGCCUGGGAAUGGAAGGGGUGCAUGCUCACUUCGCUUGCACAGUUAGCUCCGCCCCUCCCUUUCUAUCCUACGGACCCAGGCAUUACAGGAGUAAAUGUGAAGGGAGGAGAAGGAGCAAAGAAAUGGCGUGGAGAAUACCCUCUUAUCUUUACUCCAGCUUUCUUUCUCCACAUCUUUCCUGUCUUCCUGUAGUGUGUUGCAGUUCUAGAGCUUGAGUAACCUUCCUCUCCGACUCAUUAUAUUAUCUGUAAUAUAAGAAUAACAACUGCUAACAGGGUUUGUGUUUUGUGACCAAUUAGUUCAGUCUCCUUCCCUUUAUAGUCACCGCGUAAACGAGGACGGGCGCGGUUUGGGGUGUGGGAUAAAGGAACAUCCAAUGACUCCAAAUUAGCGUAUUUUUGUAUGGGCCAGAGCGAAUGCAGGUGCAUCCUGCUGUUAUACUGUCUGUGAUAGUGCUAAUAUGAGCGUGCACACGUGCAGGGAUGUGUGCGCGCUGGGGCGGGCGUGGAGCGCGAACGUCCGGAUCAUUCCGUGUGAUCAUUCCGAGGCUAGCGUAGGUCCACACACGGAGACUAGCGCUUCAGCUACCAUCCGUGGAAGUCGAGGCCGGACGUAAAGUGUGUAACAGUGACAGAUCCACUCCCGUUUUUUGUUUUGGUUUGUUUAUGUCGUCAGACCUGUCGGAUCUGCAUUCCCAAUAGUUUGUACUUUCUGUGUGCAAAACGCUAGCUCAAAGGGGACAUAUGUAGCUGCUGUGGAUAUGUAGCUGGCCACUGGGUAUGAGGUUUAAGGCUGGUAGACCGUUGCACUUCCAUUUUUCAUCUCAUUUCCUUAAAAUAAAAAAAAUAAAAAUUACAAAAAAAAGGAAGAAAGACCAGUCAGCCUUCAUUUGUUUAGCUGUUUCCCUCUUUGUUUAGAAGAGAACAAGAGCCCGUCUCCUCAAGCCAGGAAGACGAGGCCGCAUCAAAGGCGCAAAAUAAAACACGGAUUCAGGGUUUUGACCUAAUCCUGACCCCAGACGAGGACUUUAUGGGCACAAAACCGUUCAAUCAACAAACAGAAAAGGCACUUUGGGGGGAAGAAAUGAAAUCACAGCUUAAAGAGAUGAGCAAUGACGAAAAAGUCUGAUCUCUUUUCUCUUCCUUGUGUCAUAUUUAAGAGAGAAAAAUAAACAUACAAACAUAGGAAGCGGCUGAGCUUAGCAGCCAAAGUGGCGGACUGAAACUGCUCAGACCCCGCCCCCCUCAUGCAGGGGCCUUUUUUUUUGUUUCUGUUACAUGUAACGUUAUCUUUUCACGUUUGUUUUUACUUAAACGAUGUUGUUGUUUAUGUCGUUUAGCCCUCUUACCGGAUGGAAGUGAUUUCAGCGGGGGGGAGGGGGGAACUUCAAGAAUAUGAAUGUAAAUUUAGUUGCGAGGUUUAAUGAAGUACAGUUGCAUUAAUGGUAGAGUUGGUUUCAGUUCCUGCUUUUUUUUUUCUUCUUUUCAUUUCUUUUGACUCAAAUAACUUGUUAAAGAACAGUAUAACGUCUGGUAUGCAUAUAUACAGUAGUCCUAGGAAUAUGUCAGUAAACUUGGGUUCUGUAUCCACAAAAGCAUGAGAAACACUUGCUUCCUAACCAUUUAUUUUUACUUCAGCGAAUCUGGCACAGCUAUUGUUUUCUGUCUUCAUUUUUUUAUUUUUAAAUCUUCCAUAUCUCCAUUAGGAUCUGCUUUAAUCACCACAGGCUACUCUUUUGUAGAGAAAAAUUAGGAGCUGGUAUAUUUUCCCCUUUAGCUCCUCCUAAGAACACGUGAGGCGGCGUGCGUAUCAUGGUCAGGGGGCUUGGUCGCCGUUGAGACGUGGUGUGCCUGACCUUAGAGGCCCCCCUUUGUGUGUGGUUACAAGCCUUUUGCGUGCUUGAGUGCAUGUGAGUGACUGUAAGAAAAACCAAAAUAAUUUCAGCAGAGCAUCCCUUGACAGUACAUGAGCCACGUAUGUGUUUUGGGGGGUUACUUGCUUUCUUUCUUUCUUUCUUUUUUCAUGAUUAUUUUCACCCUUAACCUUCAAUGUAAGAAAGCCUUGCUGUGUCACAGUAACUCAAGCGACUCCCGUCAUAUAUUUUGGACCAUUUCUUAUGCCAUAUGUCGCCAUCAUGGUUGUCAUAAAAACCAAAAAAGCAUGCAAAUGAACAUAUUGUGGUGACUGGGACUGGAAUCUGGUGGUAACAUCCAACUAUUUACUGUACGUUUUAGUUCAAAAAUGAAUGUGCCUCUGCUUUGAUAUUUAAAUAAUUGUCUAUUCAAAUGGGGGGGAAAACCAGAUUUCAGCUGUUAAGGUGCCUUGUUUUGGCAUAAGAAAUUUGAAAAUCAAAUGCGAUUUUUGUUUUGUUUUUAUUUUUUCCUUGGAAAAAUGACUUGGAGUUAGAGUCCAUGGCUUUGUUUGCUAUGAAGCUGUUAAUAGAUAUAGGAGUGUGGCUAAACUGUUUUUUGGUAUUGUGUACAUGUCUAGGAUAAUACUGUGCCAUAUAGAACCCACAGAAUAUGUUAAUGUUAUUUUUCAGAGAUGUUUUAAUGUUGCCUGAUGACUUUGUCUUUAGAUUUGAUACAAAGGCUUGUAGCCACAGCUCUCCCAAAGUCUGUAGUGUCCUUUUCAGCAUUUUUCUUGUCGCCCCCCCCCCCCCUCCUCUACACACACACACACGUUUAUGUCUCCCCUUCUUUCUCUUUGCUGCAAUCAAACAAAAUAAAGUAUUAACCUGAUGACCCAAUGAA